AUGGUCCUCCCUCGCUCCACACUCUUCCGCACACUGUUCACGGCCCAGCAGUCCACGAGAAUAGCCGGCGCCCGAGCUUCUACCAGGGUUUGGCAACAGGCCACGAGAAGAACAUAUGCGUCUGGCGGUGGUGAAUCUAAGAAAAGCAGUGACUUGCCAUGCUUCCUGCUUGCCGAUGGUCCCAAAAAACCCACCCACUCUGAACUACACAUGCCGACUCACAAGGACACCGAAGAGGUACAUAUAUCAGAGAAGCAGGCUGCAAGCGAAGUUGAAGAAGAGGAAGAAAAGGACAAGACCGAACCAGAACGUGACUCUGCCCCCUCACCAAAGGAAUCGGACCAAUCCGUGCGCGGUGGCCAGGGGGAGGCGAAGGAAGCUUUAGAGGAAACCUCUGCUUCUGAGUCUACGAAGGAUGCUGAGGAUGCCUCCGCAAAAAAGAUGGAGUCGGAGAAGAAAGAGAAACUUCCUGAAAAGGACGAGGCAAAGCCCUCCCACGCUUCCAGCGCGGACACUUCGGCCGCAAAAUAA